AUGCCUCCAUUCCAGUUUAGGGGAAGCUCUAACUACCGUGGGUCACGUCCAAACCCGCGACAUGAGUUCACCUUCAGGGCGCCGAAGCCACCUACCGCGGAGCGUCCGCUGUUAUCCAACAAGAGGGAAAGCACCCCGGAACAGUUGCAGGGUGAAACAAAAUCAGAACCGAAAUUCGCAUCUCUGGCAACGUUGAGCGAUAGCGAGGAGGUGGACAUGGACACAUCCGACUCCGAGGACGACGAACGCCCGCGCAAGAAACGAGCACUGGGCUUUGAUGGGCUCACCAACGGCGACGCAACGCUGCCUGUGUCCCUACCACCUGCCCCCAAGUGGUCCAACCCUGAUCCUUACACGGCGCUCCCCCCACCAGACGAAAGCAAAACACCCAAAAUCGACUUCGUCAAGCUCAUUCGCAAAGCGCGACUUGACAAUUCGGCAAAGUCCGAGAAGUCCGACGCCGUCACCGACAACCAGGACUUUAUCUCCUUCGGAAUGGCGGAUGAGACCGAACCGGACACACAGGACAACGCGCCAGAGAAUGCCCCACGAGGACCCAAGGCCAUGGAAGGUCUUGAUUCUUCUAUUACCAGCCGCAAGCGAACCCGUGACGAUGAGAUCAAAGGCUACUCGAGAAAAUCGGGCAAGCCUGCUAGCCGAUUCAAUUUCGAUGGCUCUGUCAUCGAUCAAUGGCGACCGUUGCCAAACGAGGCUGGUACCCCAUGGCUUGACAUGGCCGAUCAUCCCCAGUCACUACAUAUUGGCACUCAACUUCAUAACGAGAUCAUGAGUUUUUACCAUUGGGCCAAGCCUCAGGACUUUGAAAAUAUCGUCAGGGCCGAUCUUAUCAACCGAGUUGAGACUGCUUUCCGACAGCGAUACAGCAACGUUCAGGUGAAAGCCUUUGGCUCUUAUGCUUCUGGGCUCUACCUUCCCACUGCAGAUGUCGAUCUUGUUCUCCUCUCCAGCAAUUUCUCGCGCCACAAAAUUCGAACCUUUGGAGAGAGAAAGGGACAGAUCUAUGGAUUUUCGGCUUUCGUGAAAGGCAGCAAUCUUGCAGUUCCUAACUCGAUCGAAUGUAUCGCUGGAGCUCGCGUCCCAAUUCUGAAAUGGGUCGACAAGCUCACUGGACUCCGCGUGGAUUUGUCUUUCGAUAAUGACAGCGGUUUGAUUGCCAAUGAGACCUUCAAGAAGUGGAAGGACCAGUUCCCUGCAAUGCCGGUCAUUCUGUCCGUCAUCAAGCAGUUUUUGCUGAUUCGUGGUUUGAAUGAGGUUCCGACCGGUGGACUGGGAGGUUUCUCUAUCACUUGUUUAGUUACAAGUCUUCUUCAACACUACCCUCAGGGCCACGCACAACCGAACUUGGGAAGUCUUCUUGUGGAUUUCUUUUACUUUUACGGAAAACACUUCCGCUAUGAGACUCAAGGUAUUCGCAUGGAACCUCCAGGAUAUUUCAACAAGACUUUCUUCGGAAACCCCGAUCGCCUUACUAUUGAGGAUCCCAACAACCAAGACAACGAUAUCUCAGGGGGUACGAAGGAGAUCGGCUUGAUCCUCAGAACUUUCUCCAAGGCCCACACCACUCUGCAGCGUCGCAUGGAGCAGCUUGCAUCUAAUGAAGAUCAUAACUCGAGCGUCCUGGGACCUAUCAUUGCAGCCAACUUUGAUGAAUACAUUGAACAGCGUGAGCAGCUCCGCCACGUAUUUAUGAUGGAGCCGAGAUUCGCACGCUACAGGACCCCUCCCCCACCACCACCAGGCCCGUACCCGGAAGAUCGAGCCUAUUCUCCUCCUCCUCUGCCUCCCGGUCCACCACCAGGCCCUCCUCUGCCUCCUCAGUCAACUCGGAAAGAAAAGGCAAAGUCGGCGGGCACCAGAUCUGAGCCCGAAGAUAUCUCUUCAGAUGAGGCCUCCGCAGAAACAAAGCCGGGCAAGACCCGUAGGGACGACACCAGGCGUUCGGCCUGCAAGGAGCGUGCUGCGCGGUUGAAGAAGUUGAGACCAGACUUGGGCAAGGUUUCAAACUCUCUAAGUGCCCGACAGGCUCGCCGUCUUGCAGGGUACGAGACCAACGAGGACAUGGAGGCAGACCUGGAGAAGCGUGACAGGGAACUCAAAAGCCGAAAGGAGACAGAUGAGGCAUGGAAGAUGGUGAGGGAUGAUGCGUGA